GUGCGCCACUCUGCUCUUUUUGAAAGGGCAAAACUUUUACCUACAAAGCGCAUCCCACACAUGCAGGUCAGCGGAACGCAAGUUAUCGAUGUUAUCGAGCAAGGAGCAGGGGAACAUCCAGCAACACCUGCUUUAAGCACAUUGGAGAAACGCAUUGAGGAGCUCGGCCACCGAUUUGUGAUCGAGCGUGCCGUGGCUGAAGGAGCCAAACGUGCCAUCAAGGCAUUAGAUCAUGGAAAGCCACUUGCUGAGGCUCAGUCAAUACUACAGGAGUCAAAUGAAAAGCUUGACCUCCUUAAAUAUUCCUUGGAAGAACGAGUGAAAGAACUUCCUGAUGGCCAUCCCAGGAAGAGUAUUGCCACCGAGGAAAUGUUCCUUGACUCAGUCGAAUCCAAGCCCAUAGCACUAACCGGUACCCUGAAAGUGCGAGUAAAGGGCUGUUACAAUAUUCUAGAGAAUGUACCUGGGAGAGUAAAAGAACCGUCAGUUGUUCUCCCAGGAAAGAGGACACGCCAAAGAAGACUCUCAUUAAUGAGCCGGAUCAGACGAAACAACCGUGUCGGCAGUCAGAAAAUCCAAGAGACUGUUGGCUUUUCCAACAAGGUCCGUGCUCAGCUGAAGAUUGACCAGAUUCCAGUGGGUUCCACCAGUUGGAAAACUGUGUCUAAUCCAUCCUGGAAUGAGACGUUUAAACUGGAGUUAAAUAAGUCUCGGGAGCUGGAACUAUGUCUAUAUUGGCACGAUCAGAGAUCACUGUGUGCCACACAGACUCUGAAGUUGGAAAAAUUCCUGGUGAACCGAAAACAGGAACUGUGCCUACAGCUGGAGCCACAGGGCACCCUUUUCAUCAAGGUGACAUAUUCCAGUCCUUUUAUCCAGAAAAGGCCACAACUUCAGACAAUUAGAAAAUUCUUCUCGAAAAAACAAAAGUUUUCAGAUUACGAUGAAGAAGUGACCAUCCAACCAGCUCCAGAAGAGGAAGCAGCUAAUGACAUUUUUCCAUUGUCAGAAUUGCACAUUGAGUGCUUGGAUACAUCGCUGCCGGCUGUCGAUAAUGAUACGGAAGAGACCAUCCAAUCCGCGUUAGAGGAGGAUAAAAUAUCUGAAAAUCUUUCAUUGCUAGUAGCGGACAUUGAAAGUGUGGAGCCAACGCCACUAGCUGUCCAUAUUGAUACGGAAGAGACCAUCCAAUCCGCGUUAGAGGAGGAUAUAAUAUCUGACAGUCUCUCAUUGUUAGUAGCAGAUAAUGAGAGCGUGGAGCCAACGCCACUAGCUGUCCAUAUUGAUACGGAAGAGACCAUCCAAUCCGCGUUAGAGGAGGAUAUAAUAUCUGCCACUCUUUCAUUGCUAGUAGCAGAUAAUGAGAGCGUGGAGCCAUCACCACCAACUGUCGUUACCGACACAGAGGAAACCACCCAACCAUCGCCAGCAGAGGAUGCACAAAUUGAGAUCACUACUGUCACAGAAGAGACCAUUGAACCAGCUCCAGAGGAUUUAGCUAUUGACCCUGUUCCUUUGCCAGAAGCGGAUGUCAAAAACCUAGAGCGAACAUCAUCAGCUGGAAUUCAUCAAGGAGCUUGGCUGAGCCUUCAGGAUUUUGAUUGUCUCUCUGUGUUGGGCAGAGGACAAUAUGGAAAGGUUCUGCUUGCAGAGUACAAGCCUACAAAGACCACAGUCGCCCUAAAAGCCCUGAAGAAAAAACGCUUAGUUGCUCAUGACCAGAUUCAUAGGCUUAUAUAUGAGAAGAACACAUUUCAGACCAUAAGCAGCACACAACACCCUUUCCUGGUUAAUCUGCUCGCAAGUUUCCAGACUGAAGACCAUGUCUGUUUUGUGAUGGAGUAUGCCGCUGGUGGUGACCUACUGAACAAUAUUAACAACAACAUAGAGUUAUUUGACGAACGAACAGCUGUGUUUUAUGCGGCAUGUUGUGUGCUCGGCCUGGAAUUUUUACAUAAAAAUAAUAUUGCUCACAGAGAUCUGAAAAUGGGUAACAUCGUCAUAGACAAGGACGGAUACGCCAAAAUUGCAGACUUCGGUCUUAGCAAGCACGGGAUGGGAUACAAAGAUCGAACCAACACGUGUUGUGGGACAGUGGAAUGCUUGGCACCGGAAGUGCUUCUGAGAGAGCAAUACACAAGAUCUAUUGAUUGGUGGAGUCUCGGCGUAAUUAUUUAUAUAAUGCUGGUUCUACAGAAUCCCUUCUCUGGUGAUGAUCAUCGACAGAUAUUGUAUAAUAUAGUCUAUUCUGAGCCCGACUAUCCGGAGUACUUGUCCGAUGAAGCGCUAUCAAUAUUAACAAGUUUUUUGAAUAAAAAUCCCAAAGCCCGUCUUGGAGCCAGAAGGAAUGGAGCCCGUGAUGUGAAGAAACAUCCUUUCUUUGAAGAAAUCGACUGGAUUGCGUUACUGCACAAGAAUGUAAGACCCCCAAUUGUACCAUGCAUUGCCGGACCGGAGGACGUCAGCAAUUUCGACAUUGAUUUUACAUCACAGGACCCCUGUCUAACGCCACCAGAUGAGUUACUGUCAAAGGAAGAACAAGAUCCAUUCCAAGACUUUGACUGGGUGGCCGAAUGGAUGUGAAUGUAGAGACAGACACCAGUGUGGACAGUGGUGGAUCCAGCCUCUCUACCCUCCUUCCCCCCAUACAAACA